AUGCAAGAUAUUCGUGAGGAGUACGGUGUAAAUAUGAGUUACGACAAGGCCUGGCGUUCGAGCGAAGAAGCACUCCGACUUAUCAGAAGGGAUCCAGCUUCAUCGUACGGGCUACUACCYGCUUAUGGRGAAGCCGUGAAAAUCAUGAAUCCARGUACUAUAUUURAAUUGGAGUUGGAUGAUAGYAAGUACUUCAAAUAUGUCUUCAURGCCAUGGGUCAAUCAAUUAGAGGUUUUAUGUGUUGCAUUCGACCAGUUUUGGUUAUUGACGGGGCACACCUUAAAGGGAAGUACGGAGGUGUAUUACUAACUGCUUCUGCUGUUGAUGCGAAUAACCAAAUAUACCCAGUUGCUUUUGCAAUAGUCGGGAGUGAGAGCGUCGCAUCAUGGGUAUGGUUUAUGACUCAAUUGAAGAGUGUUGUCGACACCGUUCAGAAUUUGGUCUUCAUUUCUGAACGACAUGCCGCCAUUUGUAAAGCGAUUGAUGAGGUAUUUCCUACUGCAUUUCAUUGCUUUUGUAUACAUCAUCUAAAGAUGGACUUGCUGGCCAAAUUUAAAACGCCCGCGUUGGAGGAAUUAUUUUUUAAGGCUGCUAAGGCAUUUCGCGAGUCAUAUUUCAAUGAGAACUGGGUUCAACUGUGCGCAUAUCCAGGAGUGAGGGAAUAUCUGGAAGCUAUAGAAAAGGAACGAUGGGCUCGCUGCUUUCAGAUGAAACUAAGAUACUCACAAAUGACCACCAAUAUUGCAGAGUCCGUUAAUGCCCUUUUCAGGCAUGCACGUAAGUUGCCAGUCACCGCAUUACUUGAUCAUAUCAGAGAGGAAAUGAUUGCCAAAGCUUCGGAUAAUGCACGGAGACACAUUGUUAUGAACAUCGACCAGUUUAAUUUUGAGGUACGCGACGGGAACCUCAAUGGGGACGUUGACUUGCAAUCGCAGACGUGUACUUGUCGGGAGUUCGAUUAUUUUAAAGUCUCGUGCUCCGAUGCUAUUGCUGCAGCCAGUUCUCGUAGCAUAAAUCCGUACACACUAUGCGAUGAGGUGUACACGGUCAACAGCUGGAUGUUGGCAUAUGCAGAACCAAUAUUUCCAGUGGGUUCGUCCUCAACAUGGAAGAGUUCUCCGGGGUUUGUGAAUAUCGAUGUUCAACCACCAAAGAAGGUUGUUAGGGUUGGACGGCGACAGACGGUGAAGAUUCCUUCCACAGGCGAGGUCCGUCCACCGCGCAACUGCAGUCGAUGUGGUACGUCGGGGCACAAUCGUAAAACUUGUCGCGAACCACUAAAUACUGUGUAG